GGAGAUUGGGUUCUUGCACUCCGGCAAAUAAAGAAAACCCACCGCUUUUAUCGCCCAGCGGAAGAAGAAAUAGGGCAAAGUAAUAAUUACGCAAAUCCACUUCCGGUUAGUUGAUUGAUCAAAUUAGUGAUCUGGGCAUAAUGUGGAACGGUGUACUAGCCCCGGAGGAGGUGAGCUCUCUCAAGAAUUUUAUGGGCGAUGAGAAGAAAACGCCCCCCUUCGAAUCACUGACCUCUUCUCUUAUCGACUUCCGCGAUGACCACUUCGUCUCCUACAACAGGGCGAGGCACACCCUUUGUGUGGGCAGCGUCAAGAAACUAGUGAACUCAGUGGCGCAGGAUGACCUUCCAGUUGAUGAGGAGUUACAUUUAACAGUACAACAGUGGUUCGAAAUCAGUCAACUUUCCUUAUUCCCUAAUGCCGACUAUUGUUGCUUGCUGUGGGGAUCUAGAGGAAUCGUUAUCGUGUCGAUCGAGCAUCGAAAUUCUAGUUCCAGGCUUCAAAUAACAAAGGAACAUUUCAUAGCUGAAAGCGUGUAUCGGGAUCAUCCUACCUUGUCCAUCUUCCAAUGUAGAUGGUCACCAAUACGGUCGGCGAAAAUUGUGAUGGUUCUAAAUUCGGAUUCCUUUCUUAGAGUAUAUAAUGUAAUGUCCGGAGAUACGUUGGGAUGCUUUAACCUCGGACCCAAAAUUAGUCUACCUCUCGUGACAACUUUCUCUCCAGACAUUAACCCAGAAACUCCGAUUGACUUCGAUUUCGGCCCUUAUAUAUCUGUCUUGAAGUCAUGGAUGAUUCUUGUUUUGAAGCCGACUGGCCUGAUAUACUGUGCCCUUCUAGGAAUUGUUGCGACAAAUACGCAGUGUUUUAUAAAUUAUUAUCGUCACGUGCAAUACUCGAGCAGCACGGAAGAAGAGGAAAACUACACGCGAAUUUUGUGUUCUAAGCAAUUUCCAAUUGUUUGCGUAACAGGUCAAGAGAGUGGAUUCUUGUCUCAUUCAAUAAUGGUCCCUACCCGGUUAGAAGAAGAUGAUGUAGACUUGGAGGACCAAGUUGAUAAACAUCUCAUGAACGACUCUUACAAAUUGUUUAUUAAAGAACGCUUAAAAUUACCCAAAAGAUCAAGUGGACAUAAUGAAUAUGAGUCGUCAUUACAGUUACUACAGGAUCCUCUAUUUGAUAACAGAUAUAUAUGUGCACAUGACAGUGGAUUAAAUAUCAUAACCAUUAAAUUUGCUCCAGAAGUACAAAAAUUUUUAAUGGGUGACGAGGAUGCCCUCGAAUCUUUGACGUCUUCAGUUUGUAGACACUUGAUGGUUUGGAAUGUAGGAGAUACGGUGCCGACAUUCAACAAAUUGAUAGGAAUUUCUUUUACUGCUUCUCAACCCGAGAGAUUAUUAUGUGUUCUUAAUGAUGCUAGAGCUAUCAUAUAUUUAAUACCACAUCCUGCAGACAUUCGUCAUUUUGAGGAAAAGAAAGAAAUUGUCUCAGUAAAAUAUGAUCCGACGAACAGUAGGAGCAUCUUGGACGUAAUCAAGUCUAUUUUAGGUCAAUCCCCUGAGCAGCCAUUUUAUUGCUGUGACCAGGAUGAGCUUGGGACUGCGGAGAGUAGAAAGCUAUUACAGGCCACUCUGAAGUCCAAAUUCAAAAGACUGUGUUCAUUGGAGAGAGCUUCAGAGUAUCUGGCUUCCUAUUUGAAAUCAAUUCGUUCAAAAACAAAAGAUAUGGAGACGUCUGUAAAAAAUCUGCUAGAUGCAAGAGGCGAAAUAAAAGAUGCUGCUCAAAACAUUGCCGAAAUAUACGAAGAUUUAUCGGAAGAAGAUCAAGUUACUCGCAAACGUAUGGACGUUGUAAUGUAUCGUUUCCACCAAACGUUUCCUAUUCUUACCGAUAAAGAAAAAGAGUGGCGACAGAUAUUAGAAACUAUAAGUCGCGAAAUAACUUCACUUAAAUCAUCAACGGAGUCGCUUCAUCAUCAAGUUGCUGAGAUGAAGGAAACUUUACCCACACAACCUGUCAAAUUAAAAGCACAUCAACUAGAGUCCAUAAAAGAGCAAGUAAUGCAUAACCAAACUGUGAUUUCCACCAUGAAAAACAGCCUCCUUCAAAUGCAAGACAAGAUUCUACGACAAUAAUUAUAUUUUUAACACAAAAAAGAACAAAUGUUGGAACACAGAAAACAUACUGAUCGUGUUCAUCUUUUGCCGAGCUACUACAAUUUAUGAAUUCUGUGAUAACUUAUUAUAACUCGCACUCAAAUAUAUGCCGCUAAAGUGAUAAUUCUUCUUAAUUCGUAUUAAUAGUAACUAUUAACAAUAAGAUUAUAAUCCUCUAUACACACUAAUUUUAUCCAUGGCUUGACAAUAUUGACAAACUAAAACUUCUGUUCUUUAACUUUACGUAUUUUGAUUAAUUACUGAUUAUUCGGAAUGAACCGUAUAAUAGAUAUAAGACUCGCAUAUACCAAAUCAAUAUUCAGGAUUAAUAUGAGCUGAAAUGGUUUUCAUGAUCAAUUUACUCUUUUUCUAAAAUAUUUUAAUAUUUGAACAUAAAAGAAGUUAAUUGUAUACAUCGAUACAGUAUAUUUAUAAAUGUCUUUAAAAUACAUGCACAAAUCAAUAAGUUAGGUAUUCUAUUAAAAUGUUUGAAAAUAAAAAAUAACCAGGUGCAUUUAAUACCGAUAAAGAGGAGGAAUGUGAAGGGGAUGUAUGUAAAUAUUUGCAAGCCCAAAUUGUACCGUACAUUUUAUGUGAAAUCUCCAAAAUCGAAUAAAUAAAUAAAGAAUAUUUGUAUUCUUUUAUGAUAAUAAUUUCAA